AUGGCGGCUUUAGGAAGCAGGAAUGAGAAGUUCGCCUCUAUCUUUAGAAGAGUAGAGAGUUUGCUGAAUAAGGGUGCAAUGUCACCUGAUGAACGGCCUCUCUGGUACGAUGUGUACAAGGCUUUUCCGCCGAAAGUUGAACCUGUUUACAAUCGACCAUUACCCUCUGGUCCUGUUAGAGAAAUUUUGUAUCAUGAAGACCAACAUCGAGCCGAGGCUCUUCGACGUUACCACAGAUUAGACGGGCUGAACCUCUUCAAAGUAGUCGACGAUCGUUCAACUCUUGCAAGGUUUGCUUGUAUGGUUUGUAACAAUCAUUUUUCAAGAGUACUUGCCAAAUGCAAUGAACUGAAGAAAAAACGGCCAGAACUGGAUAAGGAGCAGUUUUGGGCGACCGUUGAGAGCGAGCUCCAGAGUGAAGGAGCUCGUUUUCCUAGGCACUGCUUCAGGCUACCCCUCUCCGCACCGAGCAGCUUCUGGUUUAGUGGCGAAUCAGUGGAGGUCGAUGGACGACUGGUCGUCCCGGAGCAAGUGCUCAAGCCCCCAGUACGAGGCCAGCAGAUUGCGAUUAUGGGUGACUCCUGUGAUUCCAGUUCACUCUGCCGGCUGAUGGCUAGCCUUUGCAAAGAAGGCAAAAUUUCCGACAACGUCUUGGACGUAUUGGUACACGAAGCAACUCUGGGUCAAAAUAUGGCCGAAGAUGCGCGGAAGAAGGGCCACUCCACCCCAACUGACGUGACUCGUCUCGCCGCUUGUUUAAACGUUCGACUCCUCAUUCUGACACACUUCAGCCAAAGAUACGCUGCCAUCGACCACACGAAGGGGUCCCAACCACAGUCCGACUUCGGCGACGAACCGGUGGGAUCGAAAAAGCCAACAGGAUCAAAAGCGAAGGAAAAGCCAAGUUUGCAGGAGUUACUUGACGAAGCCAAAGGUGUUCCAUUCGAUGGAGAGAUCAUUUUAGCGGACGACCUUGCACUUGUACAGGUCCCUCCUGUCCCGCACGAAUAAGUCCCACCGGGGUGCACUGAAAACCACGUCGAACUCUGGUUGUUCAUAUCACCACAUUCGCUCUUUCCCUGAUGACUUGAAGACACCAGUUGUUUUACAAACAUCUCUUUCUUAGCUGGCUGCAUUUAUUGAUUGCACCUUGACAUAUCGACUUCACUAACACGCUCCGGCGAUUGUUUAACGGAGUCGUUAGCCUGUUCGCCAGACAACAAAAUUUUGAUACAUAUUUG